AUGGGGGAGUUCAUCCGGUCGGCCUUUGGUUAUUUCGGAAACUCUGGGUCAACCAACAAAGAAAAUGAACUGGUUGGUCAGGUCAUUGAAGUAGGAAAAAACAAUUACCGAAUCAAACGAGUAAUCGCAGAGGGUGGAUAUGCUGUUGUGUUUGAGGGCAUUGACACUACAAAGGGAAAGUCUGUGGCCAUAAAACGUCUCCUUGCUCACGAUCAAGAGACGUCUAAAAACAUCUUAAAUGAAAUCGGUGUGCUUAAAAAACUUAACGGGGAUCCUAAUAUAAUCGGGUUCCUCAGUGCAGCAUCUGUUGGAAAGGAGAAGUCAAAACACGUUGGAACAGAAUUUCUGAUAGUCACCGAGUUCUGUUCGGGUGGAUCUCUCCCCGAUUACUUACCGACACCCCAUCAUCAGCCACCGCUUGCGCCAGAUGUUGUCCUUCAAGUUCUGUACCAGGCAAGCCGGGCUGUUCAGCAUAUGCAUAAGCAGUCUCCUCCAAUCAUCCACAGGGAUUUAAAGGUCGAAAACCUGCUACUUUCUGAUAUCUACACAAUCAAGCUUUGUGACUUCGGUAGCGCCUCAAUACAGACCUAUUCUCCUAACAUAUCAUGGUCCGCGGCUGAACGUGGGAAAGUCCAGGAAGAUGUAAGUAUUAAAGUAAAAUAA